GUUAUUGGCGUUAACGUACGACGUCAGAUAUUUUUGAGGGAAUUUAUUUCAACGAAUUAUUUUAAUACGGUUGAAGGCAUGUUCUUUGUGCAGUGCAUCUUAGCCGUGACAAUGGCGACCUUUCUCGUGACUGCUAAACCCCCUGAAGGAAACAUGACUCCGUGUUUGAAAGAGCAAGAAGCGGCCCAAAGUUCGGGUCAGUUGGGUGUAUUUACUCCCCGCUGUACAGCCACAGGGGAGUACGCUAAGAUGCAGUGUUUCGGGGCAACGUGUUACUGUGUUAACGCUUCUGGAACGAAGAUCCCGGGCUCAGAAGUAACCAAACCAAAGGAACCGGAUUGUAACGAAAACAUGACUCCGUGUUUGAAAGAGCAAAAAGCUGCCCAAAGUUCGGGUCAGUUGGGUGUAUUUACUCCCCGCUGUACAGCCACAGGGGAGUACGCUAAGAUGCAGUGUUUCGAGACGAUGUGUUACUGUGUUAACGCUUCUGGAACGAAGAUCCCGGGCUCAGAAGUAACCAAACCGAAGGAACCGGAUUGUAACGAAAACAUGACUCCGUGUUUGAAAGAGCGAAAAGCUGCCCAAAGUUCAGGUCUAUUGGGUGUAUUUACGCCCCGCUGUACAGCCACAGGGGAGUACGCUAAGAUGCAGUGUUUCGAGAUGAUGUGUUACUGUGUUAACGCUUCUGGAACGAAGAUCCCGGGCUCAGAAGUAACCAAACCGAAGGAACCGGAUUGUAACGAUAAAGAACCAGCUCCAACAAAAGAAUCAACAAAAGAUAUUGAAUCAGCCCCUACAACAGAAUCAUCAAAAGAUCCAAAUGUGAUUUUCCAUUGUUUUGAGAAUGGAGUAGAUGGACAAUACACCGAAUUGCUGUGCCAGUCCCAGUUUGAUGAGACAUCCACCAGUAUGUUCGUGUCUCCUCCUAACCGUCAGGAAGCCUUAACCUGUAACCUUAAAACAGAGGAAUGUGACGACCCCAUGUGGUCAAGAGAUCUCUACACUGUGGAGGUCACAGGCAGCUCAGAGGUCACUGUAACCAUACCUUCGUUCAACCAUAGGAGGGACGCAGGGACGUGGACGUGCAUUGUAGGAUCAAUUAAGAAGGAAUGUGAAAAGAGGUUCUUUGACCCUAACAAAGUACCAGAAGAUCCAUAUCUAAAUUUCACUUGUUUGGAGGAUGGAGUAGACGGACAACGUUCCCAGUUGAUGUGCGCGGUCUAUUACAACCAUGCAUCAACCACAAUGUUAUUGUAUCCGCCUAAUGGUCAAAAAGUGAUAAGCUGUGACCUUGAAACAACUCAGUGCGACAAAAGAUCAAGCGCGAAAGAAGGCGACUACCUGUACUUUGUCGAGUUCACUUGGAGCUCGGAAGUUACUGUAACCAUAUUCUCAUUCAAUCGUACGAGGGACACGGGGACCUGGGCUUGCAGUGUAGGAUCAAUUAAGAAGCAAUGUGAAAAGAUUGCCUUUGACCCUUCAAGACAACCAGCAAAAUUUCCAAUUGUGAAUCUCAAUUGUUUGGAGGAUGGAGAAGCUGGAAAACCCACUGAGUUGAAAUGCACGUCGUCCCUGAUCGAUAAGACAUCCACAUCUAUGUCCUUGACUCCGCCUAAUGGUCGACCGUUAGCCUGUAACCUUCAAACACAUGUAUGUGAUGACCUGUGGGAAGAAAGUGUCUACAGUCUUAAGUUCACUGACAAGUCAGAGGUCACUGUAACCAUACCUUCGUUCGACCAUAAGAGGGAUGCAGGGACCUGGGCUUGCAGUGUAGGAUCAGUUAAGAAGGAAUGUGACAAGAUUGCCUUUGUUUCUACAAAGAGUAAUGCACCAUCCUGCUUCGUGGCAAACACUUCCAUCAUGCUGCAGUUCAUUGCCAUAUUGUGUAUCAUGACCCUCACGAAGAACCAGGUCCCUGUGUGUAUUUUCUAGCUGGUCGAUCUAGCUGCUAGCUGCUGGUUGUGUCUUCAACUAUGUAAUUCACCAGCUAGCGGAUCAUCUAUUGGAGAUUUUCACCCUGGAGUUUCCUGAGAUUUUCUUCUUCAUUGUAGUUCUCAUGAUACAAGUCUGACCACCAUAAACAUACUUUAACGCUUUUCAUUUUAACAGUCAUUUGAAAGAUCAUAAUUAAUCGCUCAGUUGUUACAUUUUUAGGUAAGCAGUGCUUAAUUGCAUGUCAAAUGUUUAAAAGGGUUAAAAUUUAUUAUACAAUUAAUGGAUAUAAUCUGUAGGGUCUCCACGAGUUCUCGGGCACAUGUUGAAUCUAGCAAGACUUGAGUCCAUUCACAGGACUCAAGUACCCGUGCAAGGAAGGACACUCUCAUUUAAUUAUAUUUUUCAACGUCAUUUUGGCAUAUUGCUUGCUGCCGGUGACGUUAUAAGGGCUGUAAGACAUGUAUAUGAGAAACAAAAGUCGUAUGUGUGGCAUGCAAUACAAUGGCAUAAUUUGACAUCUGUGUUCAUUGCUGCAAUUAAGAUGCAUAUAAUGAUAUUUUACUUAAUUCCUUAGUCUCAUUAUCAUCUAGUGUAAGUGUCGGGUACUCGGGUCCUGGUCGAGUUUGACCCUCGAGUACUCGAGUCCAAUAUUUUGGAGUCAUGGAGGCCCUAAUAAUCUGACCCAUGCAUUCGGUUCUAAUCCAUGUCUGAAUUUUGUAAAACUCUUUCCGUUAAAGUGUAAAGAUCUCAAUUAUUUAUAAUAUAGACUAAAUUAUUAAUAUUUUGUGUUCAACAGUUCACUGAAUACGAACACUGUUUGUGAUAUACAUGUACCUUGUAAAUAGUUCUGUAUUAUUUGUUUUAAAAGAGUGUUAGGUUAGGGAGGGUGUGUAUACAAAUACUGUGAAUUUCCACGGAAGUGAAGGAUACUAGCAUCUUCUUUUAUCUGGGAAAUUAGUAUAAUGGUUCUCAUCGAAUUGGGGGUAUGGGGUCCCUAUAUAUGAUAUAACCAGGUUUUCUGCCAGAGAGUAAAACGGGUAUGGCGCCAUACCCAAAAUAUUGUGUAGAUUUUUUAAAUUAAAGUUAACCUUUUGACAAAAUUAAUUAUUAUUAUCAUUACUGUAUAAGUUUCUUAACGCUAACCCCAAACUCAAUACCAUAGUGCCAUACACAAAAAUUUCUUUCUGGCAGAAACACUGAUAACUUGUUUGUCUCGUUGAUUCGGGGGGAGGAGAAGGGGGGCACUAUAUAUGAUAUAAUUUGUUUGUUUUGGAUUUUUUCAUCGGGUUUUAAGUUGGGGAGGGUGUGCAUAUGAAUUUCCUAGGAAGUAAAGGAUACUAUGAUCUUUUAUCCGGGAAAUGAGUACUUAUUGAAUCAGGUUGUGGGGGGGGGGGGGGGGGGGGGGGGGCAGCAUCACUUGUGUACCCACAAGCAUAUCCUGAUCUAUCUCAAAACUUGGUUAUGUAUUAUAUAUUUAAAGUGUCAUCUUUAAAGAUGUAUGGUUUUUUUGUAAAUGAUAACACUAAUUUGUUCACAGGACUCUUGAUGACUAGCCAUCAGAUAAGUGAUUGAAAUAUUUUUUGUAAAUGAUAACACUAAUUUGUUCACAGGACUCUUGAUGACUAGCCAUGAGAUAAGUGAUUGAAAUAUUUUUUGUAAAUGAUAACACUAAUUUGUUCACAGGACUCUUGAUGACUAGCCAUGAGAUAAGUGAUUGAAAUAUUUUUUGUAAAUGAUAACACUAAUUUGUUCACAGGACUCUUGAUGACUAGCCAUGAGAUAAGUGAUUGAAAUAUUUUUUGUAAAUGAUAACACUAAUUUGUUCACAGGACUCUUGAUGACUAGCCAUGAGAUAAGUGAUUGAAAUAUUUUUUGUAAAUG